UUUUUAAUUUAGAGAGCGGAACCAUCACACAACAUUUCUCCUUAGAUCCUUAUUCUGAUUUGCAGGGUUAUAUACCGCCUGCAGUCUGGGUUGUACCCCAGUUUAAUGGACUCCGCUAGCUAGCUUCUUACAAUUAAAUUAACUUUUCAUGUGAUUUCAUCAACGUAAUGUAUUGCACUUUUUUUUCUUUUUCUUUUUCUUUUUUAUGAUGAUCCAUGUGAUCAACUGUGUUCCUGUUUUUUUUUCUUUUCCUAAUAGAUAUGUGGAGUUUAUUUUACUGAUGUGUUAAGAUCGAUGAUUUGAUAAUAUUGCACUAAGUUUUGCUUGGGUUCCAUCUGCCUUAAGGCUGCAAUAGUGGGCUCUAAAUGCCUCAGCCCAACGGAGGUUUGCAACCACACCCAUCAUUGGGCUUGUCCUAAGACCAAUAAUCCCGAAAAGUUGAACCCCAAAGUGGUUGAUUUUGGCCGGUAAUAAUAAUAAUAUUAUGUCGUUGCCUCUAUCCUCUCAUUCUUCGAAAUCAAGUUCUAGGGUUUUGAGAAUUCAAGCUCCAUGGCUUGGCUACCCACAAUCGUAUCGAUGACGAUGAUCAUUUCGGAGGCCAUUUUCUUGGAACUCACAAUUUCAGGCGGCGUGGGAACUCAAAAGUUGAAGAAACUGCUCCUGGUGUUGCAACAGGAAUGAUUUUGUCUCUUCAUGAAACGUAUUGAGGAACAAUGGGUUAUGCUUCACUGAUUAAACUUCUAUAUCACUGGAAAUUAUAAUGCAUUGAAUUUUCUUUAGGUCCUGAUUUUUAUACUUUUAUUGCAACUCUUUUUGCAGUCUUCAAAACUGUAAAGAUACUCUUGCAACAUGCCAAAUGGAACUUGAAGCUGCAAAAUCUGAGAUUUGAAAGCAGCAUUCUUCAUUUCUGAAUGAACACUAGCCUUUUAGGGUCCCUUUCUUGUUGUAUUAUGUAAAAUUAUAUGUUUUAGAGAGUCAAUUCCUCGUCAUUUUUUUAGGUGCAUCUUCUGUAUGUCCAUUAAAAAGGUGAUUUCAACCUAUCCUUCUAGAUCCUAAAUUGGUCACCAAUUAUCUUCAGUCCCUGAAGAACUCUGAGGAGUCAUUGAAAGAACAGUUAGAGAAAGCAAAGAAAAAGGAAGCUUCUCAGUUUUACUCCUACAAGCAAGAUGGGGAAGCAGUUAAUGGCUAAAUGUAGGACCCGGCAAGAGGAAAAUGAGGAGAUAGGCAAGGAAGCUUCUGAGGGAAAGAUGCAGGAAUUAUCCAUGAAACUUGCUUUGCAAAAAUCCCUAAAUGCAGAACUGAAAAGUCAAUUUGAAGGUCGGUAAUAUAUCAAUUGAAAUUUUAGAUAUCUCUCGUAUUAGUAGAAUGUAUAUGCUAAAUGGUACUUCUAAUGCCCUGGCGCAAUAUUAUUUGGCAUUUUAUAUUUUUAACUAUAUUUUGUGUUUCUACAUACAAUAUUUUGCACAAACAUAUGGAGGGGCUCACAAAUGACGUUGAGAGAUCAAAUGAAAUGGUUUUCUUCCCUUCCCUCAGCUUUUGUUAGUGCUUGGUUUUGGUUUACAUGGAUCAUACAUCAUCAUAGUUUUAAACACGUACUAUUCAAUGUCUUUUCUUUUGCUCGAGAUCUGCUGCUGUCUAAUUUGUCGAUCGCACAGUUAAUAAACAUGGACCAGAUCAUAAACAUGAGCAAUAUGCUAAGCAUACCGAGGGCUGGCCCUAGGUGAUAAACUAAAUAAGGCCCUUCCCUUAGCAUAGAGCGCUUGAAUAAUGAUUUUACAAUAAAUAAUUAUAGAGCAUAAUCCUACAUGGUCAUUAUAAAGUAGAGUCUAAGUCUCUUAACAUCAAAGUCAUUGUCCAUGUAUAAUCUAGAAAUUGAAAAAAUAGUUUGAUGGGUAGGAACAAAUGUAUGAAAAAAUAAAAUUAUAAAUUAUAAAUCAUAUUACCUUUUCAAUUUCUCAUGUUCCUCUCCUCUUGGUCACCAUCAAUCUCCAAGACAAUUUGUGAGCUUUUUAGUGUGAGAUUGAUUCUUAGGGUUACAAUAUGAUAUGAGAAAAAAAAGAAUGAGAGAAAUUGAAAAUAAUGGAUGGAUUGAAGAGAGAUGGGGAGAAAUGAGAAAAUAUGGUGGUGGAUUAUUAAGAGAUGGGUGGAUUAAAUAGAGUUCUUCCAGGCAGAAACUAACUAGGAGAGGAAUCGCCUUCUGGGAAGGAGUCGCCUUCGUCAAGCACAUGUUUCUGCUUUUGCGUGGGUAACGAAGAAACUUUUUGGAUAGAGGAAACGAAGAAAUUUAAUUUAAUUGCUUUAUUUAUUUAUAAUAAAUUGGAUAAUAGUAUAUAUGUAUAUAAAUUUAGGGCCCCUUAAUUGGAGGGCCAUGGCCAAGGCCCCUCUCGCCCACCCCCAAUGCCGGCUCUAAAAAUGGUAUGCCCUAAUCCGAGCACGUGAGUACAAAUACAGUAGUGGUUGGUUGACUGACCUAAUUCCUUGGAGGCCAAGAUUACUUAGUGUAUAAGAAUUCUGGUUGCAAAAGAAUUGUUAUUUAUAGUUCCACGAAAUCCUUGAAAAAUCAUAUCAAAUCGCCACAAUUUAACAAGAAUAUAAUAUUUUAUCACUUAAUAUUUGCCUUCCAAACAAAGCCAAUAUUUACCGUACUUGAUUCUCUUGCCAUUGAACGAGGAAAUAAACGAACAAUAUAUUAUAAUAAGAAGUAGGAAAAGAAAACGAAAAUAUUGCAAUAUUAUAUUAUUAUUGCCUAAUUACUUACUAUGAGAUUAUUACGAUUUUGAGUUCUAUACAUACAAGAGGACUUGUGCUAAUGUGUUAUCUCUUCUCUACCCGCUUCGUAUAUUUUAUAAAUAGCCAGGAAAAUCUUAGGGUUGGUUUCUUGGUACGUACAAUAUUUUGUUUCUUCUUCUUCUUCUUCUUAAUUUGUAGUGCUUGUUCGUUUUGGUGUCAUGUACCCUAAUAAUAAGAAGCGUCGUUGUGGGAACAUGGCCGCUGGUGUUGCCUUCAAAUACUACAGUUGCAGUAGGUACAUAUCAUCACCAGAAUGGGCAAGUCUUCCUCUGCUGCCUGUGUUUUUGGUUCUAGAUAAUUUGUUUGAGCCCAUUGACCAUGUUUCUUUUGCUGCCGUCUGCAAGCAAUGGCGUUCUCUUGCAAAAGACUAUAAUUAAGCAACACAGCGGUGGCGGCAUAACAACCUACUUCCCAUGCUCUUGAUCCCUAAUGAAUAUGAAUGUCAAGGCGGCGGCGGCGGCGGCAAGAAUAGCCUCCUCCUAACGAAAACGAACCACCGAAAAGCAUUAUACAGCAUUGCUGAAGGCAAAAUCUACAACAAUAUUGGAUUGGAAGUGCCUUUUAAAAAGAGGUCAUGUGGCUCUAGCCACGGUUGGUUUGCCACAAUAGAAUCCGUCACAGACCAAGGUCCGAUUAUAGCACUCCGGGACCCUUUCAGAAAUCCGGCAUCGCCCAUUCUUCUCCCUCUCUUGGAUGUCAUGCCCAAGAAAUGUGACAAAUACUUCCACGAAUUCAAUGUGAAAAAGGUCAUCUUCUCUGCUGACCCUGCUUUGAGUCUAGAUAACUAUGUGGUUGUGGCACUGUUAUGUAAAGCUAGACAUAUUGUGGCAUCCAUCCAUAUGAAAAGAGGUCAGAGCCAAAAAGAUUGGACUUGGAUUAGGACCCCAAGUCCGGUCUCUGAUGUUAUAUCUUACAAAAACAAAGUCUACCUAGUUGGAUAUCGGGGAGAUAUUAUGUCAUUAGAUGUUGAUAACCAAGCUUGUUCACGAAUACCAAUAAAUCCACUUACACCUCUGUUCGAAGACGCCCGAGCUCAUAGAUCUAUAAGAUAUCUUGUAGAAUCAACCAAGGGAGACUUAAUGCAUAUGGAAAGAGUGUAUAAACGAACGCAGGGGGCCUACAAGAAUGUUAUGACUGAAAGCUUUAGGGUUUAUAAGGCGGUGUUCGACGACAAAGACGGAUCUGUUUUACAAGUUCAUGUAAAAAGCAUAGGAGAUGAUGUCUUCUUCAUAGGUGACAAUCAUUCAGUCUCUGUUUUGACUUCAGAUUUUCAUGGAUGUCAAUCAAAUUCCAUAUAUUACACCCAUGAUUUCUCAUAUUCGUAUAUUACACACCGACACGAUUUCCAAGGUAAUUUCCAAGUCGAUAAGCUGUAUGACGAUAUGCCAUGUCGUGAUAUGGGUAUUUUUAAUUUAGAGAGCGGAACCAUCACACAACAUUUCUCCUUAGAUCCUUAUUCUGAUUUGCAGGGGUAUAUACCGCCUGCAGUCUGGGUUGUACCCCAGUUUAAUGGACUCUGCUAGCUGGUUUCUUACAAUUAAAUUAAUUUUUCAUGUGAUUUCAUCAAUGUAAUGUAUUGCACCUUUUUUUUCUUUUUCUUUUUCUUUUUCCUUUUCUUUUUGAUGAUGAUCCAUGUGAUCAACUGUGUUCCUUGUUUUUUCCUAAUAGAUAUGCGGAGUUUAUUUUAGUCAUGUGUUAGGAUCGAUGAUUUCAUAAUAUUGCAGUAAGUUUUGCUUGGGUUCUAUCUGCCGUAAGGCUGCAGUUGUUACUGAAUUAUUUUCAACUAUAUUAUAAUUCAAAAGAAGAAAGUAGAAAACAUGAUCACUGAAUUGUAAGUCAAAUGUCAAGAAACCUCAGCUAAAUUGUUCUGCAUGUUGAACGUGGUCAGAGGCUUUCCUACGUCUUCCAAUUUUUCUGCUUCUUCUCCGAUUACUUGUUCUCCUUCUCCACUCACUUUCUUUU